GUGAGAUCAAAAUAAACACAGAAACUUUUAGCCCCAAUUUCCUUUGUUUCUUUUCUUCAUCGGUGUGCUCUGUUUUUAAUUGCGAACAGUGCAUCAUGAUUCCUAUGCGUUAGUGAUGAGCACAGAGGGCAUAACCGAGAACAGCUACCUCGGAGACAAUCGUUCCAUGAUGAUUACCAACGGCCUAUUCCGUGUCGGCGGAGCGGCGAUCCUCCUCUCAAACCGUCCCUCCGAUCAUCACAACUGCAAAUACAAACUCCUCCAUACCGUACACACCAACGCAUCGAGUUCCAACCCUUCGUACAACUGCAUCUUUCAGGAAGAAGACGAAGCCGGGAUAAGAGGCGUCACCAUUACAAAAGACCUCUUCAGAGUCGCAUCCACCGUCAUCAGAUCAAACGUAACCACGCUAGGUAAACUAAUCCUACCGUUAUCAGAGAAACUCAGGUACCUAACAAACAGCAUCGCAAGAAAACUCCGGCCAACGGCGAAUAUCCAACCUUACAUACCAAAUUACAGCAAAUCCGUCAAACACUUCCUCCCGCAUGUCGGCGGGAAGCCUAUGCUUGACGAACUACAGAAAAACCUAGGGUUUGAUGAGACCGCCAUGGAACCUUCUAGAAUGACGCUGUACAGGUUCGGCAACACCGGCAGCAGCUCCAUUUGGUACGAGCUGGCGUACGCAGAGGCAAAGGGUCGGGUCAAAAAAGGGAAUCGGGUGUGGCAGAUUGCAUUCGGGUCGGGGUUUAAAUGCACCAGUGUGGUGUGGCGUGCAAUGAGGACCGUUGAUUAUGAUGAGAUGAAUCCUUGGACGAACGAGAUUGAUGGGUUCCCAGUUAAUGUGGAUUGCGAUGAUGGGCCAUCAGCCAUCUUUUUUGAACCCUCACAAUAAUACAUUAAUAUGUGUUAUACAAUAAAGAUUGUAUUACUAUUAUUAUUUUAUGGUAAUGUUUGAGAAAAAAAUGAAUUGUAAUUGUUUAUUUAUUUUAUGUGUUUCGGUCUUUAGGUAUUUAUUGUAACUAGGAAAUGCUCAGUCGCGUCAAAGGCGUGUUUUUUAUUUGUAAUAGUAAAAACUCGCAGCGCCAUUGGCACGUAUUCGAAUAAAUUUCUUUCACAACUUAAGCAA